GAUGGGUGCCUCUCCCCCCCCCACUCACCAAACUCAUGUUCUUUGUAAAGCCGUCACUACAACAACAAAGGAGACGACAGUUCUAUAGAAAAGCUUUCAAAUUCAAUCAAUGGCGCAAUCUAGCAGAAUCUGCCAUGGCGUGCAGAACCCAUGUGUUAUCAUCUCCAAUCUCUCCAAAUCCAACCAAAACAAAUCACCUUUCUCCGUCUCCUUGAAGACGCAUCAGCCUCGAGCUUCUUCGUGGGGAUUGAAGAAGAGUGGAACGAUGCUAAACGGUUCUGUAAUUCGCCCGGUUAAGGUAACAGCUUCUGUUUCCACGUCCGAGAAAGCUUCAGAGAUUGUGCUUCAACCAAUCAGAGAAAUCUCGGGUCUCAUUAAGCUACCCGGAUCCAAAUCUCUCUCCAAUCGGAUCCUCCUUCUUGCCGCUCUAUCUGAGGGAACUACUGUAGUGGACAACUUGUUGAACAGUGAUGACAUCAACUACAUGCUUGAUGCGUUGAAGAAGCUGGGGCUUAACGUGGAACGUGACAGUGUAAACAACCGUGCGGUUGUUGAAGGAUGCGGUGGAAUAUUCCCAGCUUCCUUAGAUUCCAAGAGUGAUAUUGAGUUGUACCUUGGGAAUGCAGGAACAGCCAUGCGUCCACUCACCGCUGCAGUUACAGCUGCAGGUGGCAACGCGAGUUAUGUACUUGAUGGGGUGCCUAGAAUGAGGGAAAGACCUAUAGGAGAUUUGGUUGUUGGUCUUAAGCAGCUUGGUGCUGAUGUUGAGUGUACUCUUGGCACUAACUGUCCUCCUGUUCGUGUCAAUGCUAAUGGUGGCCUUCCCGGUGGAAAGGUGAAGCUUUCUGGAUCGAUCAGUAGUCAGUACUUGACUGCCCUCCUCAUGGCAGCUCCUUUAGCUCUUGGAGACGUGGAGAUUGAGAUCAUUGAUAAACUGAUAUCUGUUCCAUAUGUUGAAAUGACAUUGAAGUUGAUGGAGCGUUUUGGUGUUAGUGCCGAGCAUAGUGAUAGCUGGGAUCGUUUCUUUGUCAAGGGCGGUCAGAAAUACAAGUCGCCUGGUAAUGCUUAUGUAGAAGGUGAUGCUUCUAGUGCUAGCUACUUCUUGGCUGGUGCUGCCAUUACUGGUGAAACUGUUACUGUCGAAGGUUGUGGAACAACUAGCCUCCAGGGAGAUGUGAAAUUCGCAGAGGUUCUUGAGAAAAUGGGAUGUAAAGUGUCAUGGACAGAGAACAGUGUGACUGUGACUGGACCAUCAAGAGAUGCUUUUGGAAUGAGGCACUUGCGUGCUGUUGAUGUCAACAUGAACAAAAUGCCUGAUGUAGCCAUGACUCUAGCCGUUGUUGCUCUCUUUGCCGAUGGUCCAACCACCAUCAGAGAUGUGGCUAGCUGGAGAGUUAAGGAGACAGAGAGGAUGAUUGCCAUUUGCACAGAGCUUAGAAAGGUAAGUUUCCUUUUCUCUCAUGCUCUCUCAUUCGAAGUUAAUCGUUGCAUAACUUUUUGCGGUUUUUUUUUUUGCGUUCAGCUUGGAGCUACAGUGGAAGAAGGUUCAGAUUAUUGUGUGAUAACUCCACCAGCAAAGGUGAAACCGGCGGAGAUUGAUACGUAUGAUGAUCAUAGAAUGGCGAUGGCGUUCUCGCUUGCAGCUUGUGCUGAUGUUCCAGUCACCAUCAAGGAUCCUGGCUGCACCAGGAAGACUUUCCCUGACUACUUCCAAGUCCUUGAAAGUAUCACAAAGCAUUAAAAGACCCUUUCCUCUGAUCCAAAUGUGAGAAUCUGUUGCUUUCUCUUUGUUGCCACUGUAACAUUUAUUAGAAGAACAAAGUGUGUGUGUUAAGAGUGUGUUUGCUUGUAAUGAACUGAGUGAGAUGCAAUCGUUGAAUCAGUUUUGGGCCUUAAUAAAGGGUUUAGGAAGCUGCAGCGAGAUGAUUGUUUUUGAUCGAUCA